AUGGCAAAAAAGAGAUUUAAUUCUCUCGAAAGAAGAUUAGAGAGUAAUCCAGAUUUAAGAGAUAAGUAUGCGGCAAACAUGUCCGAGAUGCAAAAGAAGGGUUACAUAGAAGAAGUUGCAGAAGCUGUACCACCUGCUAUAAAACGAGUUUGGUAUUUACCUCACCAUCCGGUGUGUAGUGACAAGAAACCAGGAAAGGUCAGAAUUGUAUACGACUGUGCUGCAAAAUUUGGUGGUGUCUCAUUGAACGAUGUUCUUUUACAGGGGCCGGACUUAACCAACAGUUUAAUCGGCGUCCUCAUGAGGUUCAGAGAAGAGAACAUAGCCGUAAUGGCAGAUAUAGAAGGCAUGUUCCUACAGGUUGUUGUUGCAGAGGAAGAUAGGGACUCGCUGCAGUUCUAUUGGAGACCGGUUCAAGGUCAGGAGGUGAAGACAUACCGUAUGACAAGGCAUUUAUUUGGGGCAACUUCGUCACCAGCUUGCUCAAAUAAAGCUUUGUUAAGUACAGCGACAGACAACGGCCACAAGUAUGGUCUAGAAACUGUAAAUGCGAUAAAACAUAACUUUUAUGUAGAUGAUUGCUUGUCAUCGGUAGCAGAUUACGAGAAAGCAGUUACUCUUUUCCAUGACCUGACAAAUAUUUGCAGAGAUGGUGGCUUCCGCUUAACCAAAUGGAUGAGCAACAACAAGGACGUGUUAAGUACCGUACCACUUGAAGAACGUGCAAAGGAAGUUAAGUCAUUAGAUUUAAGCAAAGAUGACUUACCAAUGGAAAGAGCACUCGGCGUACAAUGGUUACCAGAAAACGACACCUUUAGCUUUAACAUUACACCUGCAGAAAAGACCAAGAUUCUGCUUCAAGAGGUUUGCCGUAAAGGACUGGAAUGGGAUGAACCUGUGGAUGGUGUAUUGUUACAGCGAUGGAAGCAAUGGCUGCAAGAGUUACUAAAGCUAAAAGAAUGGAGUGUUUCCAGGUGCUACAAGUCAGGCAUUUCACCAGUUAUUAUCAGUCGUCAAUUACACGUGUUUGCGGAUGCUAGUGACAAAGGUUAUGGUAUGGCAGCUUACCUCAGACAAGAAGACAGUGAUGGCCAUGUCCAAACGUCACUGGUGAUGGGAAGAAGUAGAGUUGCAUCAAUAAAGUACACAUCUAUCCCAAGAUUAGAGUUGACGGCAGCAGUCAUGGCUGCACGUUUGACAGAAACUGUCCUGGCCGAAUUGGGUGAUAUUAGUGACGUUUAUUACUGGACUGAGAGUCAAACUGUUCUGAAGUAUAUACAGAACACCUCAAGAAGAUUUAAGAUAUUCGUGGCAAACAGAGUUGCUGUUAUCCUUAACCUUUCAAAGCCAUCUCAGUGGAUGUACGUUAGAACAAGCAACAAUCCUGCCGACGAAGCUUCGAGAGGUCAGAAAAUUGAGGACUUCUUAAGAAACACAAGAUGGAAAGAUGGUCCUGAGUACCUCAACCAGUCAA